AUGCACUAUUGGUUUGAAAUAAAACCAGUUUUUGCAUUAAUUCUCCUUUAUGGAUUAGUAUUUACAUUAUUUAAGACUUUUUUAAGAGCAUUAUAAAUAAAAGCAUUUUUUAAAGUGACAAAAGAUUUGAAAUAAUUGGAACUAAAAAUAUAAGUAUUUAGAGAGUUUUAGAAAACUAAUUAAAUAGUAAAUAAGAUAGGUGAUUUGAUUUAUUUUGGACACAUUUAUCAUCAUUUAGCAAAUAAAUGUAGGAAUUAAUAUUCAGAAUUUGGUAUGAGAUGUUUUUGUACAAUGAAAAUAACAUUUGAUUCUAAAUUAUAAAAAGAUAUAAGAAAGACAAUAUAAGCGAUUAGAAAUCAUAGAUCUAGUUUUACUAAGUUAAUGAUAAAAUCAUUAUAUGAGACUUUAAUACAGGGUUAAUAAAAAGAUAUAGAAUUAAGAUUUGUUUAUGCAUAAUUUUUAUAUUUUAAAAUGAAGAAUAAGAUAUAGGCAUACGAAUAAAUAAUGUAGAUAAAAAAUAAAAGAAUGAGUAUUCAUUUAUAAUUAAGAAUGGCUUUGAUGUCAUCAAUAGCAAAAGAAAAUGUUAAUGAUUUAAAUAGUUUAGCGUAUCAUAGUUUUUUAGAUUUUGAAUAAGUAGUAGAUAUGGAAGAGACAGUUUCUUAUAUUUAUUAAGUAAUAAUAAGAUUGUUAAGUUUAUAUUCUUCAUUCUGGAGAAGAUUGAAUAGGAAUCAAUAAGUAGAAGAAAUUCAAAUAGAAAUCAAUAAGGAUAUUGAUUAAGAGAUCAAAAAUUGUAACAAAUUAUGGAAGAAUCUAAUUAAACAUGAAGUUAGAGUAAAAUAAUAAGAUGUAAUAAUAUCAUUCUUAAAUAAAAGACUAAAAUGGAAAUUUGUAUAUUUUUGGUAUAUUAUAAUUAAAUUAUGUAGGUAUAGAUUAUUUAUUUUAAAUAAGAAAAUAAGAUUGACUCAAAUAGAAAGUAUAAGUUCAGCAACAUUACAUUAAGAAAUAGUCAAUGAAGACUCUGAUAGUGAUUAUGACAUUAAAGCUUAUGAAUAGUUUAAUAGUUCAAAACCAUUUAAUCAUAUGAGUUUAAUUAUUCAUUCAUUAUUAAAUGGAUAAAUACUUAGAUGUAGUUAAUCUUGUAAAGAAUUAUUAGAAUUUGACAAUUUAAAAUCAAUUUCAUAAUUGAUACCUGAAGUUUUAUAGAGAAAUCAUUAAAAUGCAAUUAAACAAUUGCUUUAUUAUGGAAAAAGUAGAACUCUUUAUAAAAGUCGUAAGAUAUUUGUAAGACAUGCUUAAGGAUAUGUAAUAUAAGCAAGAAAGUACUUAAAAUGGAGUUUAGAUUAAUCAAAUUAAAUUAAUUUUAUAACUAUGAUCAGACCAAUUAUUAGAUUAGAACAAAUUAAUUAUAUUAUAUUAAAUGGAGAUUGGGAAGUAGAUGCUGUAACUAAACCUUUAUUUAAAGUUUUGGAUUAAAAAAUUUGUUUACUCUUACUUUGUACAGGUCUAUUUCAAUUUUCUAAAUUUGCACAUUACUUAGAUUCUGAUGAUAUUACUAGAUUUAAAUUAACUUAAAAAUCAAGAUCUCUUAAUAUGACAUAAUCUAAGUUUUAUAAUUAGAUUGACUCCAUUAAUUAGAAUAAUUUAACUAAUUCAUAGAAAGCAAAAGUUAUUGAAAAAUAAUAAAUGGAAUCUGAUGAUUAAUUGUUUACUUUUUUUGGAGAAGAUAAUAUUGAAUAUUUUAAUACUGAUAAUACAUUUACAAAUAAAAGAAUCUUUAAAAUGGUUGAUGAAUAACAUGUUAAAUUAACAUUGAGAAUACCAAGAAAAAUUCAUUAACUUAGCUAAGAAUAUGAAUAAUUAAAAAUAUCUACAUUUUAAGAUGCUAUCUAACAAACUGGAACUACUAAUACUUUAUACAAAUAAAAAACAAGACUUAUUUUUAGAAAUAAUGAUAACAAAAUUAAAAUUAAUAAAUUGUUACUCUUUCGAAGAUUAUAUGAUUUUAAUCAAAGAGUUAUGAAAAUUAUGUUUGAUAAUUUAAAAGAUCUUUUUGAUAAAUAUUGUUCAUAAAAUAGAUUGCUUGAAAAAAUUAUUAAAUUAGAUGCCACUAUCCUUUUUACUAAAACUAUUUCCAUGGAUAAAUCUACCAUUAUUAAAAUUAACAAAUACGAGAUAUUUGAGUAUCAUCAACGAUAAUUUCGAGAAGUUAUUCUUAUUUGUUAUUUUUAGACACACAAUGUCCUUGCUGAAUCUCGAAUGAAGCAAUCAAGACCAACUCUAGUAGAAAUAUAUAUGGAUCCAAGAAUUUUUGGUAUUCAUUAAUAAGGUACAAUGCAUAUUUUAUUAUAAACUAAUUAGUAAAUAAUUCAGAAGUUGAUUCUAAUAGAAUAGACUAAAACAAAUCAUUUCUAACUGAAGGAUAAAUUUUUCCUGAAUUUGUUUAAUAUCAUCCUACUGAAGUAACACUCAAACAUGAAAAUAACAUCUUCUUCAAAUAAGAUAAUAACAAAGUCAGUAAAAAUAUAAAAGAAAUGAGCUUUUUCAUCUUCUUUAAUAGAAUAAUGAUUUUUACUCUGUAUUUAUUAGCAGGAAUUGCUUUUGUAAAAGGACCUUCCUUAACUCAACAUGCUAAGAUUUAUUCUGAGGUAAAAUUAGAAUUAUAAUACAGAUUUAAUAACUCCAAUAAAUUUCUAGGUUAUCUUUAUGUAUUAUCCAAACUUACGAAUAUGCUUUAGAUAUUUAUCUAUUUGAUUAAUAAAAUUCAACCGACAUUGAUAUGCAACAUUAUUUACAACAAAAAUCGAAUCUCCUUUAAUAAUAAAGUCAAUUUAUUAAUGAAUCAUUAAAGGGUUAAGAGUUUAUUGAAAUCUUAUUUGGAUAUUAAAUGCUUGAUUAACCUAUUAGUGAUUUAGUUGCUUAAUUUAUGGCUAUAUUAAACUAAUGGCAUAAAUCUGAUUGGUAAGUUAUCAAUUCUUAAUUUAAUAUGUUAGAUGAAUUUAGAUCAAUCAUAAUUCCACAUAUUUAAUCAGGGUUACUAGAUUGUUAUUCAUAACAAUAUAAUAAUUAAAUGAAUAGAUUAAUGGAAUAUCAAUAAUUUGCAAUAUUUGAAAUAGUUAUUACAAUAUGUUUAACUUUAUUCUUUGUUAUAGCAAAUUAAUGUUUGAUUUUGAAUGUAAUCAAAAAAAAUUAAGUAUUUAUAUAUUUGAAAUAGACUAUCAUUAAAUCUUUCCAUUUAUUAUCAAAAUAAUAGAUUGCAACAUCUAUUUAAUAUAUAGCUUGGUUAAAACUUCAGUUGAAAUUUUUAAUUGAUUUAGAAACCAUGAAGUUUUUGAAUUAAAAAACAACAUAAAUAUCUAAUUGUGAUGUAUUGACAAAAUAUGAUAAUUAAGAAUAAAGUGUGUAAAUAAAUACAAAAACUAAUUCAUAUAUANCAAUGCAUAUUUUAUUAUAAACUAAUUAGUAAAUAAUUCAGAAGUUGAUUCUAAUAGAAUAGACUAAAACAAAUCAUUUCUAACUGAAGGAUAAAUUUUUCCUGAAUUUGUUUAAUAUCAUCCUACUGAAGUAACACUCAAACAUGAAAAUAACAUCUUCUUCAAAUAAGAUAAUAACAAAGUCAGUAAAAAUAUAAAAGAAAUGAGCUUUUUCAUCUUCUUUAAUAGAAUAAUGAUUUUUACUCUGUAUUUAUUAGCAGGAAUUGCUUUUGUAAAAGGACCUUCCUUAACUCAACAUGCUAAGAUUUAUUCUGAGGUAAAAUUAGAAUUAUAAUACAGAUUUAAUAACUCCAAUAAAUUUCUAGGUUAUCUUUAUGUAUUAUCCAAACUUACGAAUAUGCUUUAGAUAUUUAUCUAUUUGAUUAAUAAAAUUCAACCGACAUUGAUAUGCAACAUUAUUUACAACAAAAAUCGAAUCUCCUUUAAUAAUAAAGUCAAUUUAUUAAUGAAUCAUUAAAGGGUUAAGAGUUUAUUGAAAUCUUAUUUGGAUAUUAAAUGCUUGAUUAACCUAUUAGUGAUUUAGUUGCUUAAUUUAUGGCUAUAUUAAACUAAUGGCAUAAAUCUGAUUGGUAAGUUAUCAAUUCUUAAUUUAAUAUGUUAGAUGAAUUUAGAUCAAUCAUAAUUCCACAUAUUUAAUCAGGGUUACUAGAUUGUUAUUCAUAACAAUAUAAUAAUUAAAUGAAUAGAUUAAUGGAAUAUCAAUAAUUUGCAAUAUUUGAAAUAGUUAUUACAAUAUGUUUAACUUUAUUCUUUGUUAUAGCAAAUUAAUGUUUGAUUUUGAAUGUAAUCAAAAAAAAUUAAGUAUUUAUAUAUUUGAAAUAGACUAUCAUUAAAUCUUUCCAUUUAUUAUCAAAAUAAUAGAUUGCAACAUCUAUUUAAUAUAUAGCUUGGUUAAAACUUCAGUUGAAAUUUUUAAUUGAUUUAGAAACCAUGAAGUUUUUGAAUUAAAAAACAACAUAAAUAUCUAAUUGUGAUGUAUUGACAAAAUAUGAUAAUUAAGAAUAAAGUGUGUAAAUAAAUACAAAAACUAAUUCAUAUAUAGGAUCAAAUCAUUGGCUUUAAAUAAAAGUAAUAUUAUUUUAAUGAUUAUAGGUAACUUUUAUGAUGUAUUAUUUUUUAUCCAGCAUGAUUAUAUCAUCUUUUUUUUUCUAUUAUUUAGUAUUCUUACAAGACUUUUAAAGUGGAGCUUUGUCAAUAUUUAAUGAGAAUUAAUUUGUAAAGAAUCCACAUCAUCUUUAUUCUAUGGUGAGCAUAAAAGAACUCUACAUCUAUUAAUACAUUAAUAAUUCAAAUUAAUUUAUAAAAUAAAUUAAAUAAAAUGUUGAAAAGUUUAUUGAUUAAAUUGAUGAUGAAUCUAAUGAAAUUUAUUAGACUAAUAUCGAUGAAGUAUUUUAAAUGUUUUAUGGAAACUAUUGUGAACUUCUAUUAGGUUUAAUUUUGAUUUAACUUUAGAAUUAUCUCCAAAUACAACAAUAAAUGAAUAUGAUCAAUGUAAAUAUAAAUUAAGUGGAGCAUUUACAAGAGGAUUAAAUUAAUAUUAUUUAUUAUUGAGUCAAAUAGCUUUAUCUCUAAUAAAUCCAAAUGACACUAGGUAUGAUUAACCAAAUAUAAAUACUAUAUUUGAAUUUAGUGAAGUAAUUAAUAAAUAUAUAAUAUUAGGUCUAAGAAAAUGCUUAUGAAAUUGAACAAUUAACUCUAAAGAUAUGGUGUGACUAGUACUUUAUAUAUGCAGAUGAUGAAAUGUAUUUAGAUAUACUUUUAAUGUAAUAUAUAUGUUAAUGA